AUGGAUGUGCCCGGCCCGGUGUCCCGGCGGGCAGCGGCGGCGGCGGCCACCGUGCUCCUGCGGACGGCGCGGGUCCCGCGCGAGGGCUGGCUGCUGCCCACCGCGCUGCUCUGCGCCUACGGCUUCUUCGCCAGCCUCCGGCCGUCCGAGCCCUUCCUCACGCCCUACCUGCUGGGGCCCGACAAGAACCUGACGGAGCGGGAGGUCUUCAAUGAAAUUUAUCCAGUAUGGACUUACUCUUACCUGGUGCUGCUGUUUCCUGUGUUCCUGGCCACAGACUACCUCCGUUACAAACCCGUUAUCCUGCUGCAAGGGCUCAGCCUUAUCGUCACGUGGUUCAUGCUGCUCUACGCCCAGGGACUGCUGGCCAUUCAGUUCUUGGAAUUCUUCUACGGCAUCGCCACAGCCACUGAGAUCGCCUAUUACUCUUACAUCUACAGUGUGGUGGACCUGAGCAAGUACCAGAAAGUCACAAGUUACAGUCGAACUGCCACCUUGGUGGGCUUCACAGUGGGCUCAGUCCUAGGGCAGAUCCUCGUCUCAGUGGCAGGCUGGUCCCUGUUCAGCCUGAAUGUCAUCUCUCUGACCUGUGUUUCUGUGGCUUUUGCCGUGGCCUGGUUUCUGCCUAUGCCACAGAAAAGCCUUUUUUUCCACCACGUUCAUUCUACCUGCAAGGGAGUGAAUGGUAUCAAGAUACAAAAUGGCAGUAUUGUGACUGACACCUCAGCUUCUAACCACCUUCCCGGGUGGGAGGAUGUUGAGUCAAAAAUCCCUCUAAAUGUGGAGGAGCCUCCCUUGGAGGAACUGGAGCCGCAGCCAGACCGGCUCCUUGUGCUGAAGGUGCUGUGGAAUGACUUCCUGAUGUGCUACUCCUCCCGGCCUCUGCUCUGCUGGUCCGUGUGGUGGGCCCUCUCCACCUGCGGCUAUUUUCAAGUGAUCAACUACACCCAGGGCCUGUGGGAGCAGGUGAUGCCUUCUCGCCAUGCUGCUAUCUAUAACGGAGGCGUGGAGGCCGUUUCCACCUUGCUGGGUGCUGUUGCCGUUUUUGCAGUUGGUUACAUAAAAAUUUCCUGGUCCACUUGGGGAGAAAUGACACUAUCUCUGUGUUCUCUCCUGAUUGCGGCCUCAGUGUACAUCAUGGACACCGUGGGUAACAUUUGGGUGUGCUACGCGUCCUAUGUUGUCUUCAGAAUCAUCUACAUGUUACUCAUCACUAUAGCAACAUUUCAGAUUGCAGCAAACCUCAGCAUGGAGCGUUAUGCCCUAGUGUUUGGUGUCAACACCUUCAUUGCUCUGGCCCUGCAGACGCUGCUCACACUCAUUGUAGUCGAUGCCAGUGGCCUUGGCUUAGAAAUUACCACUCAGUUCCUGAUCUACGCAGGUUAUUUUGCACUCAUCGCUGUGGUUUUCCUGGCUAAUGGUAUAGUCACUAUUAUGAAGAAAUAUACAAAGCAGGAAGAUCCAGAGUCAAGUUCUCAAGUAACCACUUCAUAA